AUGGCAGCUCAAGGUGUUGAGCAGACCAUCCUUCGGGACCCGGCUCUGUUUUACUGGAUCCUAUUCCCCAUUUCGGUGGUGAUGAUCUUGACCGGUAUCCUCCGUCACUAUGCUACGGUCCUCAUGAAUACGCCCCCUAAACCCGCCUCAACACUGGCCGAGUCCCGUGAACGACAUGCUCUUCUUCGUGGCGUUAACCUCAGAAAUCACGGAUGCGCCGUUCUCGACCGCGAGGCUUUCGAAGCACGCAGGAACUAUUUGGUCAAUGGCUUCCGGACCGGCGCAUUCCUCAAAGACCCGAACAAUCGCGGCCAGCCCCCUGCAAACCCAAUGACGGAUCCAGCGGGCAUGGAGGCCAUGAUGGGCAUGCUCAAGGGAAACAUGAUGAUGAUGAUCCCUCAGACCCUGAUCAUGAGUUGGAUCAAUGCCUUCUUCUCGGGGUUUGUGAUUUUGAAAUUGCCUUUCCCGUUGACGAUUCGCUUCAAGUCUAUGCUGCAGUCUGGCGUGAUGACCCGUGAUCUGGACGUACAAUGGGUGUCUAGUCUGUCAUGGUACUUCCUGAACUUGAUGGGUCUGCAGUCCAUAUUUGGAUUCAUUCUCGGAAGUGACAAUGCUGCCAACCAGAUGGCCCAGCAAAUGGGCAUGGCCAAUCCUGCCGCUAUGAUGAAUCCCAUGCAGCCUGGCCAGGAUCCAGACAAGUUGUUCUUGGCCGAGGCGGAGAACUUGGAAGUUAUGGAGCACUUCAGCAUUCUCAAUGGUGUCGAGGAGCGAGUGCUUCGCAACUUUGCUCCAGAGGUGAAUUGA